AUGGCGACUUGGGCAUAUCCCCCACUACCCGCAGAGCAGGUCAAUCAUGAGGCGGACGUUGUGCUGGCCCAAGAGCUCGAGUGGCUCUUGCAUUCGCUGCAGGAUUCACUCGUCUCAUUGAAGGAAGGUCUCCAAGAAUGUGCAGCCCUACUAGCUCCCCAAGAACCGGGUUCAACCUUAGUGCUGUCCUCGCUGCGGUCGGAAAAUGUGAAAGGCUUCGUGACUAGAGUCGGCACCAAGGUCGUCAAGGGGGAUAUUCAACUUCGUCUUGCAUCGCUCCCUCAUCCUCGGGGCUCUCCCAGCACCCGACUGAACUUAUCACAGUCCCCCGAAGCCCCGGAUUUUGUAAUUCAACAGCUAGUGUCAGUCCGAGAUCUGGUGGCCCAGAGUCUGGAUAUUGUGGAUGUGAGCACGUGGACAGGCGAUCCCCUCAAUGCAGGCUUCAUCUUCAGCCAACUACAUCUUCUGCUCGAAACGAUCAGGGAGGCUCGACAAAUGUUGAAAGGGGAAGGGGAUGAGACGCGCGGCAAAUGGUGGCAGACCAGCGCUUCUGAAAAUAUGUUUGACCCUCCGCUGCCACCACAUCUUUCCUUCCAUCUCUCCAUCACUGACUCCGCUUUGGUCCUCCUUCUUCGGACAUUAGAGUCUACAGCGCUCAACCAUGCACCGAACGCUUUUAGCUCGGAGAUCUCUUUGACCGGGUUUUCUCUGCGAGAUCGGAUAUUCGGCACGCGAAUACCAACCCACGAUGAGGCUGGGGUCGUGUUUAAUUGGCAGGGAGAAGAAGUUCGUGUCAAGGAGAAGGUCCGGGUGGAGAGCCAGGAUCCUAGUCUGAUGUCUGUCAUGGCCAAGUUAACGGCCCUUGAGCAUGAGGUCAUGCGGUGCGUGGCUGCGCUACGUGUGCUCAUGGGCAAUGAAGAUACGGAGAGCGAGGCAUAG